AUGGAUGAUGCAACCUUUAUAGGAUAUAUUCAUUUCAUUAGAUAUAUUAAUGUUAGGACAACACCAAAGAUUAGAUUAUUGGUAGAGAUAUUCUGUUUGUUUGUCAUUGCUAUCUUUUCAGCUGCUCUAUUAUUAUUACAUACUCAAUAUGUUGGCAAAGCAGAUUGUAUUCUAGAAGUAUUUAAUAGUAAUUUCCCAAAGUAUAAAUUUGAUAUACUUUCCAUUCAUAUUAAAGAAGAAGAUCUUGCAUAUAGUCAUUUAAGAGAUAUUGUAUUAUCAGGAUCAUCACAAACUACUGGUAGUAGUGGUAGUAGUGAUUUGGAUGGUACUGAAGAAGAUGGAGGAGAUAGGGAGAAAAAAGAUUAUCAUUGGGAUCCAGUAAGUGGAACUACAAUUGGAGGUAAAAGAGUACCUGGUGGUGGUGGUAGUGGAUCAUCAAAGAUUGGAGAUAAUUAUCCAUUUUCUCAACCUAUAGAAGAUCGUCAUCAUCAUUUGAAAAGACCUAAUCCCAAUUUAUAUGAAUCAUUACAAUCAAAGAAAAGAGUGGUAGCAACACAAGAAGAGAAUAUGGAGCUAUUGAAUCUAUUUCUUUACGAGACUCAACAGAAAUAUGAGUUUUCAUUACAAAAAGGAUUCUUACUUCUCUCACCAGACAUACGGACAAUGUACAACAUUACAACAUUUCAAAUCAAUAUAUUCACCAAUCAAACUUGUCUUGGUGGACCAUACCACAAGAUGCUUAUUAAAUUACUAGGUUAUGAUAUUGUUAUUAUCAAUAAUUUGGUUAAUAGUUUUAAAGGAAAUGGUUAUUUAAAGAUAUUUGAUGAUAAUUCUUUAAUUAAUCUUUCUCAAUAUUCUUCUCCUGAAAGAGAAUUUUCUUAUGAAUAUAUUAUUUAUUUAAUUCAAUGUAUAGUCAAAGUUAAUUUAAUAUUUUUUUCAACUAUUAUUGUUUUUGGAAUUGGUAGAAUUGGAGUAUUUUUCUUAUCACGGUUUUUUGAUGCAAGUCCUCGAGGGUUUCAUGUUUUAAUGAUUCAUAAUUGUAUCAUUGGAUUAAUUUUUGUAAUUGUACAGAUUGGCAACAUUUAUUUAUUCUCAUAUUUCCUAUUACCAGAAUAUCUGGUAUUUUUAAUUUGUUCUCUUUUUUCUUCCUAUGUUUCAACUUGGGGAUUAAGAUCAAAAGAAAGUAUAAAAUAUUAUCCAAUUAUGUUUCUUGGUAUUUUAUAUCUUUUAGGACACUAUGUUAUGAUAUUUCCAUCAGGUUUUCAUAUGAUAUCUUUUUGCUUAUCAUAUACAACCACCGAGUAUCUACUAGUUUUAUGCAUUUUAAAUUUCGAAUUACCUGCAGUCAUGAAUAAUCGAAUACCAUCACCCUAUAAUUACAUGGAUGUCGAUAUCAAUCAAAUAAUUAAUAAUAAUAAUUUAUACUCUGAAGAGGAGGAAGAGGAAGAAGAAGAAGAAGAAGAUGAUGAACAAGAAGAGGAUGAACAACAAGAGUAUGAUGAAGGACAACAACAACAACAACAACAACAACAAGAACAACAAAUGGAAUCAAUUUUAGAAAACUUUGUAGAGGUUACACUUGUACCUUCUGCAGUAUGUGUAUUUGUGUUUUUUGCAACAUGUAUUACAUUCGAUCUUAUUGCAGCCAACAAGACAUUAAGAAAAAAGUUUAUGAUUCAACAAGUAACAGAAACACCUGAAAAGAUCAAAGAGAUGAUCAGUGUGGCAAUGAGAAACCUCUUUGUCGGCAUGAUCAUUUUGUUUUUGUUACAUCCAUUACACAAGCUCAUCAUUACCGUCGGAGAUUAUGAUGUGCUCAAGGAACUUGGUGUAUUAGUAGUCAUGCUCUUUUUGGCAGACGCAGACUUUUAUUGGAGUCACAGACUCUUGCAUCACAAAUACUUUUAUGCCAGUUGUCACAAGCUCCAUCACUCGUGCAAGCAUCCAGUACCAUGGACAAGUCUCUAUGUCGAUUGGGGAGAGUUUUUUAUUGCCAUUCUCUCUAGUUUCUUGGUGCCACUCUGGACUGCCCCUCUACUUGGUCUCCAUCCACACUACUACACCUACAGUUUGUACUUGUUGGUCAUCACCUUUUCAUUGGUCAUGUCACAUGAUGGCAUGGAAUUGCCUUUCCUAUCGGCCACCCAUCAUGACGAACAUCACCUUUUAUUCACUGGUAACUAUGGUUCGAGAAUCGGUCUUUGGGAUGUAUUAUGUUCUACAACAAUCAAAUCUAAAAAAUCAAAUUAA